UGCACAACUGCGAUAGCAGAGCUGACAUGGGGGUAUUGCCACAUGCACUGGUACUGCCAUACCCAGCACAAGGCCAUGUUAUCCCCCUCAUGGAACUCUCGCAUUGCUUGGUGGAUCGUGGCUUCAGAAUCACCUUUGUCAACACAGAGUUCAAUCAUGAUCGCGUUGUCGCCGCCUUACAGAUUGAUAGCACAAUGGAGCAGAUCAAUCUGGUUUCCGUCCCCGAUGGGUUGGACCAGGAAGAAGAUCGAAAUGAUCUCGGGAGGCUAACCGAAGGUCUCAUGAAGACUAUGCCGCUGUGUUUGGAGGAAUUGAUACGGAAGAGCAGUGAAGCAGGAGACCGGAUCACAUGCAUGAUAGUCGACGAGAGCAUGGCAUGGGCGCUUGAGAUUGCGAAGAAGAUGGGUCUUCGGCCGGCUGCGUUCUGGCCGGCGUCAGCCCAGCUGCUGGCCACACUGCUCAGAAUUCCGGAGUUGACCUCCAAAGGUGUCAUCGAUGCAGAGGGAGCAGCAACAAGGCAAGAGAUGUUCCAGCUCGGUCCCGGCAUGCCGCUCAUGAACACAGCUCACUUCGUCUGGAACUGUAUCGGCGAUCGUAGAACCCAACGAACACUGUUCAACUACAUACUCGACAACAAUCGAGCAAUCGAGAUUGCAGAGUUCGUCAUCUGCAACUCUUUCAAAGAGAUUGAAGAACCAGUGUUCGCCAGUGCUCCAAGAAUUCUCCCCGUAGGGCCAUUGCUCACAGGCCUGCGACCAGGGAGACCUGCAGGGCAUUUCUGGCCCGAGGAUACCACCUGCAUGUCCUGGCUCGAUGAGCAGCCGCCCAGCUCGGUCAUCUACGUUUCCUUCGGAAGCUUCACCAUCUUCGACCGCCGCAAGUUCCAAGAGCUCGCGCUGGGGCUCGAGGCGACCGGCCGCCCGUUCCUGUGGGUGGUCAGGGCUGACCUCACCGCCGCAUCCGAUGAUGCCUACCCACCUGGCUUCGAAACCCGUGUCGCGGGAAGGGGGAGGAUGGUAGCCUGGUCACCUCAACACAGAGUGUUGGCUCACCCAUCCGUAGGAUGCUUCCUGUCCCACUGCGGCUGGAACUCGACCAUGGAGGGUAUCAGCAAUGGAGUUCUUUUCCUGUGCUGGCCAUAUUUCGCAGACCAGUUCCUCAACGAAAGCUUCAUAUGUGAUGUGUGGAAGGUGGGUAUGAGGUUGAUGGCUGAUGAGAAUGGGAUAGUGAAACAGGAACGCAUCAAAUCGAAGGUGGAGGAGCUGCUGAGGGACGAGGAAAUGAGAUCAAAGGCAUUACUUCUGAAGGACAUAGCCCACAGAAACAUUAGCAGAGGAGGGUCUUCCUCUCAGAAUCUUCAAGCUUUUGUUGAUGCCAUGAAGACCUCAACGAAAGAAAGCCCGGAAAGCCUUCGAAUUUGA